CAACGCCCAGAGUGCGGGCGGCUCACUUGACCGCAGUAACAUGGCCGGUCUCUCAUGUAGCCCCGCUCCAGCAGCUCCAGGGACAGUUGCCGAUCUUACCGUUCCAUGGUCCGGCUCUACUAUCAAUGGGGCCCCAGAACCCGAGGCUGCCUCAACCCUGCCGGAGGAUCCGUGGCUUCGCCUGGGAGCGAAGCCUAGGACAACGGCGGGGCCCGCUUCCUCCCCUGUACCUGCGGUGGCUCAGGUGUAUGCCGGUGGAAAAGUGGAGGCUCCGGUCAGCUCCACUCCGUGCCAGCCGGAGCUCUGGUCCGUUGCCUGCAGGGACAAACACCAUGCUGUGCCUCCAUCCCCUCCCUCAUCGCCUCCGGCCAUCCCGCUGACCAACAGUGUUUCCUCAGGGGGGUCCUCCACACUGGGGGCUGUGUCUGGUCUGCUGCUGGGGGUGUUGUCCUCGGGUCUCCUCGGCUAGUUGGGGGGCUCCCUACCUCGGUGUGAGGUCCCUGUGUCUGUCGUGGUCGGGGAGUCUGGGUGCCGGCGCCUCCGGCGGGCACGGCCUGGAGCUCCUCCCGGUGUGGACGGCCCCAAUGGAGGCGUUUUCCACAAUCGUCAGUGCCACGCCAUGUCUUCCUAUAGCCAUUGGUGACAGGGUGUGUGUGUGUGUGUAUAUAUAUAU